AUGCAGCAUCUUCGCCAUGCGGGUCCUGAGAAAGGGGCUAUGUUGGUUUUGGGCGAGUGCUCUACCGCAGAAUUCAACAAGGCCGUCUCGCUCCUUCAACAGCGACCGGGUGACACGGUUGAGAUCGCUUGUUACAAUGCAGCCAGUACUUUGGUGGUUAUUGGAACGUCACCUGUAAUUGGGAAUCUCGAAGACCUGCUGCGCAGCGAGUCAAGUUUUCAAAGAGUCCGCAUUGCCUUCCACCAAGCUAGAGAAAAGGUUGUAUCAGGCUAUGCGUCUGAAGACGGCGGGUUUACAAACUGCGCCUGUAGUGGUGGAAAUCCUCUGCAAAAUACCUUCCCGACAUCGUCCACAUCGCCAAGCACCGUAACUGAUGGCGCCAGUAGCCCAGUCAGCAGCAUGUCCGUCCCAGAGCAAGAGUCCACCGGACAAUUAGAGGCUUUGCAGGAUCUUAUAUUCGAGUUCGCUGGUGGCACCAAGUCAGACAUGGAACACGACAAGAUAUUUACAGACCUGGGCCUCAAUUCCCUAGCAUCUGUCGAGUUUAUUGGGGAGCUUUCUUCCAAGUUCAACCUAAACAUCGCUUCUGAGGAUCUGCUCCAAAACUCGAGGUUUAUCAGCUAUUGCCAGCUGGCACCCUUACACUAG